GAUUGAUACUUUCAUACAAUGAUGGUGGAUUCUGGCUGAAACACAUCGACGAUAGAGUUCUGGAGUACACAUUAGGCUGAUUAACUGGCAUAGUGUGGACAUUCAUGGAUGAUUGUGUGUGAAUUUGACUCGGACUUAGUUUGAAAUGAAUUAAAAAUUACACAAUGCCGAAGAAACGAAGAUUAGAUCCAUUCUUAUUGUGGAUGUGCCUUAUUUUGGAUGUUGGCUGUUUGGACAUCCAGUUGGAACAUCAGACAGAUGGAUACUUUCUGCGAGAUUUUUACAACAAAAACGAUGUUCCUGACCCGAAUACAGUGUCAAAGCAGUUUGUGUUGAACCAGCCAUCAGAUCUGUACAAGCUGAAAGCGCAGUAUGGCCCGUAUGAAUCUCAUCAAACAUUGUCUCGGGAAUUAUUGGAUGCGGCAUAUUCCAAAAGUCGUAAAAAUAACUCACUUAUCCAUAGAAGUGUUGUUUUCAAUAUGGACGUGAGUGUUCAUAUAGUCUCAAAAGAUAUAUCCCCAAAAAUUCCAAAAUUGCAAGUGUUAAUACAUUCAAGUCCGUUGUCAAAAGCUGUAAAAGCUUCAGAUCAACAAUGGUGUGCGCAGGUGUUUGCCGAAUCCAAUGGCGAGGAGUUGUCAUCAAUUUGUAUUUUAACUGAUAAGCACCCAGUCUGUGUUGCAAGUUUGAUUUUACAUAAAGAGUGGUGGACGGAAAAUAAUGCUACAAGUGUCAAAAUUAGUUAUUCAAUCAGUGGAAUAGACCAUAGCAGUCAGUGUGCGAGUGCUUCUAAUUCUGUAAUUCCUGUUCGAUCGUUAUUAAAUAAUAGUGAAAGUGGAAUUAUUAAGCAAGAAGUCACUACUUUACAUUUGACUAAAAAUGAAGAAUCAUUCGAUGAGUGGAAAGAUCAGGAUAUACUGAUAGAUGUUCCCAGAGAAAUGUUUCAUCAAGGUGAUACACUUGAAAUCCCUAUUCGAUUGGUGCAGAAUUCAGAUCUACAGAUAUUUGUGAUGAGAGCUCGUGUACGACAGGGACUCCGUAUAACUGGGGCUCGAAUGACAGACCCAGCCAACCAGUGGAGUAUACAUGUCGACAUCAAGGAACACCAGAAAACAGGAACCGUUACUGCUUACGUCAGAGAUAGCAAGAUCUACCAGCAGUCUUCAAACAUACAAGACGUGUUUCGUUGGCAGAUGGAAGUCGCUGAGGACACUUACGACACCCGAGACCUGGGCCGCGUAGUAUGGACGAUCGAGUAUCAGCAGAACGGCCUGCGUAAGGAGAGCUAUCUUGCGAACGAGUCUAAGGUUGUCAAACAGAUUAACAUUCGCAGCAAAGACAUGCAGAGACUCGUACCAGUUUUAAAGGUGACAGAGAUCCUGAAUGUUGCUGUCCUGAACGGAGUCAACCAGGAAUACGCCCUGAGGAUCUAUGCUGUUGAUGACAUAGACAGACUGACGGAUGUCACAAGAAACACCAAAUGUCACUCUGUGGAGGUGGAUGUUCUGAAGGUAUCCAGUGACUGUUCAUCAGUUUAUGUGGACGGAGCAGAGAACCGAGGGUCACACAAUGUCACAAUUAUAGCCAAGUAUGGACAGACAACAGCGUUCCUCGAUGUAGCCGUCUGGGUGCCUGAGGAGAGGCUCGAUCUUCAGCUCUCCGACACGAAACUGAGCCGAGUGAAGAACUGGAAAGCCCAUGAGGAUCCUCAUAGAACCAAAAGAGCCAGUGACCCUUUCCUAAAGCACCCUGCAUAUUACUAUGACAAAAUGGCAAAAUCCGAGCCUGCCAAGGGCCGUAACUGUGAACUUCUUCGUCAGCAGGCAUUGUUAGAAGUCUACACCAGGUUUUACAUUCAGACUCCUAAGCAGACGGAAUAUUUCAUGGGUCAGGGGACGUACCUAAAGGUCACAGAUCUUGUGAAAAAUCGCUUCCGUAUGUCUGACAAUGGGGUGGCAACGCUGACCAGUGAUAAUAUUAUCAUCGGAAAAGAGGAGGGUCGCACUGAGAUUCAGCUACAAUCCCCACGUAAUGGGAACGUUAUGGCCGCCCGCGAGAUCCAAGUUUCUCAUGACAAGGUGACAAUCCGCCAACUCAACCUACGACUUGUCACCGGAAUGACAAUGUUUGUUGAGCCUAGCAGAAGUGUUCCAGGCGCGCUCGUGGCCACCGCACACAUCGAUAGCAACUUCCUAAGCGAACACCAUAUGGGCAUUAUAGAUGUGGAAGUAAUGUACUCUGAUAUGACAACUAUGCCCCUGAAGUACCUGUCACCAGCGGACUACUUUCUUGAGGUGGAGACAGAAGACCUGACUGUGAUUGGUGUGGCCGUUACUGAUGGCCCCGCCUACCUGCCACAGGUUGUAGCUAAAGGUGAAGGUCGCGGUGAGUUAUUGAAGGUCAGCCUAAAGGUCGGGGAAAGCUGCUCCAGGAAAAAGUCAAAACCAAUUAUCGCAAAUACCAUGUACAUUGACGUUGAUUUUUCACAAGAGAGACGAGUCUACAAUGAUAACCCGUACCAGAUGGAUGCCCAUUAUGACACAAAUCGGGCAAGUGAUCGAUGGGAUGACGGGGAACACAAGCGACCAGUCUACUCUAUAAAGACACAGUCAGAAAACGAUGAGUAUUACGAUGAUAAGUUCAGGAACGAUAAGUUGGAAAAUGACGAUGAGCUGGACUUGGAAAUGGUCAGAAAUGCACUAGGUGAGUUGGUCGAGAGAGAGCCUGAAGCGAGACAAGAGCCACUACGUACUAAGACUGUGACGGACGAUUUGACACCAUUGGAGAUUGGAAUGUACGUUCUGCUGGCUGUAUUUUGCGUGGCAAUCACAGUUUUCUUGGUGAACUUUGUGGUGUUCUUUGUUCGCUACAAGCGGAAACAGAAACCUCGUAAAGCGGGAAGCACCGAGGCGAUUAAAGACGCAAACGAUUGGGUUUGGAUCGGCAGAGCUACACUUGAGCGAAAUUCAGUAUACACGCAUUCGUCACGAACUCUUAUGCCUGAGGAGGAUUUUAAUGGAAAUGUGAAUCAUAAUAGAAAUGAACGACCCUUAAGCGUUGGAAGUUCCAGUAGCAGCGGCAGUAGCAGUCAGGGCUCGACUAGCGAGGGUUCAAGUUUGUGUAAUAGUAAUAGAAACAGUGUGGUAUCAACAUACAAAGGGUCAGAGUGCAGUAUAAGAAUAACAGCGAACCCUUUAAUGGAAGAAGGGGCUAUGGGAGGGGUUCCCGAAGAAACCCAAUCAGAAUUGGGUAUUCCCCAGGGGGACUAUGAAGCUAUGGGUAUGACUUAUGACGAACUUUUAAUGUAUUUCGAUAACCUCAAAGAGUCAAAUGCAUAAUAUUAAUUUUCUGAAAUAUGAUAGACAGAAGUCGCAAAUCCUUUUUCUGCAAGUGUAUACUGUUGACUUGGGUAUAACAUUUUUAUCCCUAGGUGCUGUGACAGAAGCAUGGCAAUUUUUAGCAAACAAAAUGGCAUUCUAUUGUUCAAAUGUAUUACAGUCUCUGCUUGCAAAAAUGUGUCGCAACGUAUGUGUUGUACAUUAUUGAACAAAUUAAAAUGGAAAGUUUUCUGAGUGACAUUCAAAAAUUAAGCUCAUCAAGGUUUUUUUCACAUUCGUCACUCACGUUGAACUGGUUGAAAAUGGAGGACAAUGCCUGUGUGAUGAGAUUGUGUUAAAAUUAGACUGUAAUUUUAUAUCCAGGCUUGUAUAUGUGCUAUAACAGUGUUCAUGUACACAAUUCAUCAAAGGGGAAUAACCUUUCUUCUAAGGGGAAUGUAUUUUAGAGUUGUUUCCCUUAGAUUAGUGUACACCAUGUAUUGUAUAAAAAUGUUUUUCACUUUUUGUUUUUGUUGUGCCCUUUUAAAAUUGUUAGAUAUUAGGUAUGGUAAGAAAUUAGUGGCUGGUUCACAUUGGAUAUUAUGAACGAGUCUUUUAUUAGUCUGUAGAACACUUUUACUGAAUUAAAAAAAAAAGUCAAAAUGUGGUAGCUGCAAAAAAAGUCAAAAUAGCUGCAUCUCAUACAACCUGUUAUACAGUAAAAUACGAUAUUAUUGUCAACAAGACGAUCCCUGUAUGCUUAUAAUGUUGCUUUCAAAAUAUUUGGUGUUUUUGUAAGGGUUAGUGGACUUUUAACCACUUAAUAAGCAUGGUUCUUAUGCUCUAGAAGCAUGAUGUAAUUGGUAUAAUUCAAUUUUUAUAAGUAUUAUACAUAAAGUUUCAAAAUGUAUUGAGUAAAUUGAUAGAUCUGUAUUCUUCAUAUAUAUUUAAGUUUAUACAUAUUUGUACAUUUUGUUAUAAUUUAUAUAAUCACGUUUUCAUCAUACAUUAUGUGUCAUUUCAAUACAAUUUUUUGUACAUAGUUUUUCAACGUCAUCAUGUGUUUGUGCUUGUUUUACAAAUGAAAUCUGCUUAUAUUUUCCUGUCUUGUUAAUAACCUCUGCCAAGAUAUUUAUUGUGUUUUUAAUUUCUUGGGGGAAAAUCAUUCGGGUUUUUUGGUGUGAAAUGUUAUUCACUGUACGCAUGAAAACAACCACUUAGAUACCAAGUUUGUUUUAAAUAUAUUUUCUUUUUCAUGAGUUUAAAAGACAACAUUUAUUUCAAUAGAAAUAUUAAAGAAUCUGAUCGAAAGUUAAAAAGCUUUUAAGAAUAGUCUUUAUUGGCCUCAAAAUGGAACCAAAGUAAUACUGUUAAAGACUCAAAAAAUUGUUUAUUGGUUAGAUUAUUGACAAGAUGGGUGCUUGGCCACUUGUCCGCAUUGUACAUUAGGCCUCUGUUCAUUGAUUUUUUGUUUCACCAAUCUGCUGAUCCGAAUUUUUCCAAAAUGCAAUUGGAAAAUGCCCUGCAAACAUAUUUGUUUUAACCACUGUUAAGGAUCUGGGCAAGUCAGAAUAUAUUAUUUUGAGCUUGAUGCACAGGUGCACAGUUAGUAAGUAAUUGUAAUUUUGGGGUGCAUUUUUUUCUGAUAAAAAAAGCCAUAUUUUUCUCAAAAAUAAUUAGUGAUCACAUGAAAUAUUAUUGUGCAUCUCUGACUGAUAAACUCCUCCAGAACAGUUUUGAAUUUAGACCUGUUUUUGUGUCGCCUGAAAAGACGACAUAUAGGGGUUACUUUUGUCGGCGGUGGCGUCGGCGGCGUCCACGUCCCAUUUUCGCUUGUCCGGGGUAUAUCUCCUAAACUAUUAGUGGUAUCAACUUGAAAUUUCAUAUGUAGAUAGGUCUAAUUGAGGGCAAGUGCAGUGCACAAGAACUGUUACUCUUGCUUCCAUAUUUUUAGAGUUAUUGCCCUUUGUUAUUUUUUAUGCUUAAAGUUUUGUCCGGGGCAUAUCUUGUAGAAUAUAAGAGUUAUCAACUUGAAACUUCAUAUGUAGAUAGAUCUCAUAGAGGGCAAGUGCAGUGCACAAUAACAGUAACUCUUGCUUUCUUAGUUUUAAAGUUAUUGCCCUUUGUUAAUUUUCAUGCUUAAAGUUUUGUCCGGGGCAUAUCUUGUUUGUAUCUAUUUCAACUUCAAACCCAAUAAUAAUCGGUGAAACAAAUUAUCAAGAAGCUUUGGCCAUUUUCAUGUUGUUAACCAAUGUGCUAAAUUUUUAUCAUAGACACACAUUUUCCCAUUUUAUGUGUAUUCACUCUUAGACAGAUUGUACAUAGUAUGAUUGAUUGUUCAGCCUUAUCUGUGUUAAAGGAUAACCUUGUUCAGUGUUUAAUGCCAGUAUUUGAGCUAGCUGUUCAAAGUCUUAUGCAGUCUGAAUUUUUAUUAUUGGUACGUACAUUUUCACUCAAUAAAAUAAAUGCCAUUAGCAUCAAAACUUUUUGAAUUUAAUGUUAAUGCAGUUUCAAUAUAAUGUUAACAAUAUUUCAACUAUAAUGUUAACAGUUUUUCAGUAAGAUGUUAACAAUAAUUGAACUUUAAUGUUAACAGUAUUACUGUAAAAUGUUAACGGUAUUUCCCCUAUAAAGUUAACAUUGUCUCAGUAUGAUUUUUACAAUAUUUUUUAACUAUAUUGUUAACAGUGUUUCAGUGUAAUGUUAACAAUAUUUGAAUUAUAUUGUCAACAAUUUUUUAACUAUAAUGUUAACAGUAUUACCAUAUAAUGUUAAAAAUAUUUUAACUAUACUGUUAACAAUUUUAGAACUAAAAUAAUAUAGUAUAGUCUUAUAAUGACCAUAUAAUGUUAACGAUAUUUGAGAUAUACUGUUAACAAUUUUUGAACUAUAAUGUUAACAGUAUUACCCUAUAAAUACCAUAUAAUGUUAACAAUAUUUCAACUAUAUUGUUAACAAUGUUAAAGUAAAAUGUUAACAAUUUUACUUACAAGCCCCGCCUAUUACUUGUUCAGAAUCUCAGUUUUGUUUGUGUGCUUUUCUUCUCGGUUGUGACAUUGUUGAAGGCUUCUUUAGCAAUUUAGUGCCAUUAUGUUAUAUUAUAACAUAUGUUUCAUAUUAUAACAUCAUUUUAAUGGAUUAUUUUUUUUAGAAAAAGAAAUGACUGUUUUAUCUUUAGUGAUAAAACCUGUAAGGUUAUUUUUUAACCAAUUUUGCUCUUAAUAUUAUUUUUAAUAGCAUGUCUGUUGUUUUUUUAAAGAAAAUAAGUUCAGGUAUCGUCAUAGCUUUGAUGUCAUUGUCAGUGACUCUGGCCAUAAAUCAAAACAUGUUGAAGAUAUUCAAAUGAGACUUGGUAAACAUGUUGCUAAGGGCAAUACACACAGGUACAGACUAGCGUUCGCUCCAUGGCAUUCUUAUCUAUUUCGCUAUAUGUUCUUGCCAUAUUAUUCUUGAAUAUAAUUCCAGUUUUAUUUUGAAAUGUUAUGUUUUCUUCCUCUUUCUCCUUUUUACUUUUACCAUAAAAUGGUUUCCUCCUGAAUUACUUUCUAUUUGUUCUUCCUUUUUUCUAUUGUUUUUGACUCUUACAGAUACUUAAUUUUUCCUUUUAACUGCCAAGCACUCGAUACAUUUCAGUAUUUGUGUUUUUAAUUAUUAUAGCAAAACACUACUUGUAUGUGUAUGAGGUUGCAAAGCACUACUUGUAUGUGUAUGAGGUUGCAAAACACUACUUGUACAUGUAUGAGGUUGAAAUACACUACUUGUAUGUGUAUGAGGUUGAAAUACACUACUUGUAUGUGUAUGAGGUUGAAAUACACUACUUGUAUGUGUAUGAGGUUGCAAAACACUACUUGUACAUGUACGAGGUUGCGAAGCACUACUUGUAUGUGUAUGAGGUUGCAAAGCACUACUUGUACAUGUAUGAGGUUGAAAUACACUACUUGUACAUGUAUGAGGUUGAAAUACACUACUUGUAUGUGUAUGAGGUUGAAAUACACUACUUGUAUGUGUAUGAGGUUGAAAUACACUACUUGUAUGUGUAUGAGGUUGCAAAGCACUACUUGUAUGUGUAUGAGGCUGCAAAACACUACCUGUACAUGUAUGAGGUUGAAAUACACUACUUGUAUGUGUAUGAGGUUGCAAAACACUACCUGUACAUGUAUGAGGUUGCCAAGCACUACUUGUAUGUGUAUGAGGUUGCAAAACACUACUUGUACAUGUAUGAGGUUGAAAAGCACUACUUGAAUGUGUAUGAGGUUGCAAAACACUACUUGUACAUGUAUGAGUUUGCUAAUUAAAUUUUGAUCUAUCGUAUGAUAUUUGUGAUCUAUCUCAUAAUGUUUUUGAUCCAUCACAUAAAAUUGGUGAUCGAUCUCAUGAUAUUUUUGUGAUCUAUGACAUGAUAAUGGUGAUCAAUCAUAUGGGAAUAAAUGAUUGUAAAGGUGACUUCACUUGGUUACAAGGAAAAUAUUUGAUCAGGAGUCAGUAAUCCUCAGUAAUUUUACAAAUAUAGAUUUUGCAAAUGAGCUUUCCAUCUGACUGCAUCUUUUGUGGUAUGAGUAGCUAAAGGUACAAGUAGUGUUAGGCAACCUCUGUUUUAUUUCACUGUUUGGACCCAUGCCUACAGUUUAUUCCAUUCUGUUUCUUCCAUUUUAGGCUAUGUUAUAUUACUGCUGUUUUUGUUAUUUUCUCCGUAUCUCGCAACAUUUUAAGACUUUAAGAAUGUAUCCAAGAUAUGCUAAAUACUGUGUGUUUAUUCUCCUUGUUACUUAUUGUGUCUGUUUAAAUUAUCACUUUUACGAAACAAUUAACUUAUAUUUAUUCAGGAAUUUGAAAACACAAAAUUAAGGAAAGACUAUGGAUUUAUAUAACUAGUGUUAUUUAAUUACCUCGCAAAUCCUUAAAAAAUCAAAGUCACAUUUUUUCCAUAUUUUUUAUUGCAUUUUUUCACAUGUCAGACAUUUAUCUUAAAAAAAUUGUAUUUCUUGUACCUAUGUAUAGAUCUGUUAUAGCUUGCAUAUUGUUGUAUAUAUGGUUGUGCUCUCGACGUGAAUACCUCUAGACUUAUUCUGCCUUUUGCUUCCCGUGAUAAUUAAGCUACACGCACAAGAAUAUUUUACCGUUUUUGUCCUUACAGCCGUGCAUGUCCUUAUGGGUGUGCAGUGGAUUUUUCUUGGGCUUUUUACAGAUUCUAUGCCCUUCGUAAUGCUUAGCCUAAUUCUUAAUAUUAAACAAUGUUACAUGAACCAACAGUCAGCCAUUUUGUUGACGAAAAACCUAAGCCCUAGUGUACUACUAUAAGGUUACAUACCACCAAUUGAUAUUGACAAUUUUGGCAGGAUUUUUAGAGCAGUCAGCCAUUUUGUUUACUUAAAACAUUAACCCUAGUGUACUACUAGUAGGUUACAUACCACCAAUUUAUACUGAAAUUUUUUUAUAAGAUUUUUGGUGAUCAAGGAUCUGCAUGACACGAGCAUAAGGGCCGUCUAUUUUGGUUGAUUUUCGUCGUUUUCAGUAAAUGGAUUGUAAAUGACUCAAAUAAUUUAACGGACAUGUCUAUUGUCAUUAAAAAAAAAUGUUUUUUGAUUCAAUAUACAUUUCAAAGCUUUAGCUAUGGAUAAUCAACUGUUGUGGAUGAUUCCUACCAAGCUUUAGCUAUGGAUAAUCAACUGUUGUGGAUGAUUCCUACCAAGCUUUAGCUAUGGAUAAUCAACUGUUGUGGAUGAUUCCUACCAAGCUUUAGCUAUGGAUAAUCAACUGUUGUGGAUGAUUUCUGCCAAGCUUUAGCUAUGAAUAAUCAACUGUUGCGAAUGAUUCAUACCAAGCUUUAGCUAUGGAUAAUCAACUGUUGUGGAUGAUUUCUGCCAAGCUUUAGCUAUGGAUAAUCAACUGUUGUGGAUGAUUUCUGCCAAACUUUAGCUAUGGAUAAUCAACUGUUGUGGAUGAUUCCUACCAAGCUUUAACUAUGAAUAAUCAACUGUUGUGGAUGAUUCCUACCAUUUCCGUGUCUUGUGACUGUCUGUUGUUACGGCUUAUUCCUAUAUCUUCAUAAAUUCGUUCUUGUUUUUGCAAUGAUUGGAAUUGCAAACUUUUAGACAGAUUUACUAUGGUAAACUUUGGAGGAUUUUAAUUUAAAUUUUCACUCUAUGUACACCUGUGUAUGUUUAUAUUUAUUGAUUUUAUUAUUAUAUACAUGUUUUGUUGUACUUGUUAUGACUAUAUGUAGACUUUUUGACAUUAGUAAAAACAAAGGUCCACAUGUUUGUAAUGUUGGAAGUACAAAUAAAAUUGUUAUUUCAUGA